AUGUCUAUCAAAGAAACUGAUAGAGAGAUUAUUUUAACUCAUCCAACAGAUGAAACUACCAGUGUUCGUAUUUUAAAGUACGGUGCUACAGUUUACUCUUGGAAAUUAAAAUCAGAAGAACAAUUGUGGCUCUCUACUGCAGCCAAACUGGAUGGCAGCAAGCCUGUAAGAGGUGGUAUACCUCUGGUAUUUCCUGUAUUUGGGAAGAAUACCACGGAUGAAUAUUUGAGUAAGUUACCCCAACAUGGUCUCGCAAGAAAUUCUACUUGGGAGUUCUUGGGCCAAACUAAGGAAAACCCGCUGGCAAUACAAUUUGGUUUGAAACCUGAAAUUGCCAACCCAGAGUUGACCAAGUUGUGGCCAAUGAGUUUUCUUUUAAUUUUGACUGUCGAGUUGGGCGCUGAUUAUUUGAAAACGGCAAUAGAAGUAGAAAACACAUCAAGUUCCAAGGUAUUGAAAUUCAACUGGUUGUUUCAUACAUAUUUGCGUAUUGAAGAUAUCGAAGGCACAAUGGUGUCUAAUUUAGCUGGUAUGAAACUUUAUGAUCAAUUGUUAAAAGAAUCUUACGUCGAUAAGCACCCAGUAGUGACUUUCAAUCAAGAAACUGAUGUCAUUUAUCAGAAUGUUAGUCCUGAACGUGCAAUCCAAAUUGUUGACAAGGGUGUUCAAAUUCAUACUUUAAAAAGAUUUAAUUUACCCGAUACUGUUGUUUGGAAUCCUUGGGUUGAUAAGUCUCAAGGUAUGGCUGAUUUCGAACCGAAAACUGGAUACCAACAAAUGAUAUGUAUUGAACCUGGACAUGUUCAUGACUUUAUUACCUUGGCUCCCGGUAAGAAAUGGGAUGCUUAUCAAUUGCUCUGUAAGGAAGAUUUGAAAUACCAAGCUAUUCAAUAG